GUCUGGCGGAGGCAAAUGUUUCCUUGGUUGAAGCCAGAUCAGUUUGCAACGGUUGUGUAUGGAUAUCUCAAUACAGCUUCAUCUCGCUAUGCCAUCGUGCUACACCUAAACACAAUCUAGCUUAAAUGUCUGUACUCGGGAGGCACUGCAUUCACAAUACUUUAAUUCCCGGCGAGGAAGAAUUUGGCGAACCUGAAGUGAAACAAAGGAAUGUAUUGAGCGUGUUGUUGUUUGCGCGUCACUGGAUGGAAUGGCAUAUUUGCUCUACAGCUUUCUUUUGUUGGGCAGUGGAGCGCUUUUAUUCUUCGCGCCUGUUUGCGCCAUUUGCCCUGAAACAUGCGACUGCCAGCAAGCGCAGCAUAUCCUCUGCGCUAAUAGCGGUCUGCGCACGGUGCCCAAAGCGCCACAGGUGGAGCGCGCAGUGGACGUGCGGGUUCUCGGUCUUGCGGGGAACUUCAUUCACAACCUUAGCGCCUUCGACUUCAUGCGCUAUGGCAACCUAAUGAGACUUAAUCUCCAGUUUAACCAAAUAAGGAAUAUACACCCUAAAGCAUUCGAGAAACUUUCCAAACUGGAGGAACUAUAUCUGGGCAACAACUUAAUCUCGGCAAUACAACCUGGGACUCUACAGUCGUUGAAAAAACUCACAAUAUUAUAUAGCAAUAACAACGAAAUAAAGGACAUUGCUUCCGAAUCCUUUAGUCACUUAAAUAGUUUAGUCAAACUGAGACUUGAUGGAAAUUCUAUUGGAUUUUUAAAAGAAUCCGUUUUCAAAGGUCUGCCAAAUUUAAUGUUUCUGCACUUAGAAUCGAACCAGCUUCGCCAUAUUGACCGCAAUGCGUUUUCGCGGCUCAGCAAACUGCAGUUUUUAAACCUAUCAGACAAUAAACAAACAGAACUGCGAGAUAGUUUUAUGUUUUCCCAUCUUAAGUCACUUACAUCUCUUCUAAUAACAGGCAACCAAAUAAGGCACAUUGGAAAUAACGUCUUUCAGAAUUUGAAAAAGCUAACAAAACUUUCGCUGAGCCACAACAAGAUAGUAAAACUGGACAACGACGCGCUCAAAGGGCUCGCGCGCGUUAAAGAAUUCGAGAUUGACAAGAACGAGCUAACAGAGAUCCUGGCCGGUCUGCUGGACCCGCUCGAGCGCGUCGAACACCUCGACUUCAGCGACAAUCACAUAUCUCGCGUGGACCCCCGUGCUUUCGGCCACCUUUCACAUCUAAAAACCUUAAAAUUGAAAAACAACCGUCUUGAGAUUCUCUCCGGUGGAAUUUUCGCCACAAACGGCGUUUUGUUUCACGUAGAACUGAAUGGGAAUAACUGGACGUGCGACUGCCGGAUGGAGAAGUUUAAAAGCUGGAUGACGCAUGCGCAUUCUCUGGGAAAGCUGUUGACCGUGUUUGUGCGCUGCCAUCACCCCCCAGCGCUGGCGGGAAAAUACAUGGACUAUGUCAGCAACUCGCAGCUGAGAAAUAUGAGUGGCUAUUGCGAGUCAGAACCUCUGUCUCAGCCAAUGGAGAGCCAUGGAGCGGUAGCAGAGACAUCUAUUCUCAAGGAGGAAAGAGAGAAGCGAGAAGGAGAAAUACAUGAACAAGUUGGGGUCCAAGGGGAUGAGGGAGAGCAAGGGAUUGAGACAGCAUUUGAAAGAAAGAAGAAGAGGAAACUUGUCAGCUCAAGACCAAGACCCACAGCUGGGAAAAAUGUCUCUUUAACUGAUUUUCCCACAACGAUGUCCACGUUCCUGACAGGCCACACCAACUUUGCUUUAGCCCAACAGGAACAGUUCAACCUGCCCUUACAGGACAGUGCCAAGCAUCAUAACACAAGAAUCGCAAUGAUCACUGAUGCAUGUCAAUUCAACCAUGACUCCAUCAUGAAUGUUAGCGUGGAAGACGUCACUUCUAGUACAGCCACAGUCCAUUGGAGCACAACUCCUGAUGUUGGACUGGUUCAGGGGAAAGAACUUCUUUUCCGGGUUUUAUUUGACCGUUUCGGCCAUUCUUUCCGUUUCCCACGCUAUGUUUACACAGAUGGAUCUGACCGGGUGGUGACCCUACAAGAGCUUCGCCCCGACUCCACCUACAUCACCUGUGUGGAGAGCGUAGUGGACGGGGCUGUGUGCCAGGUUGCCCCCAGAGAUCACUGCACUGGAUUUGUCACACUUUUGCCCUCGGUGACAAGUGAGGUCAACCUACAGCUGGUCACAGUAGCAGCCCUUACAGCUAAUGCUCUGCUUCUGCUUCUGGUGUUCGUAUUCUGGUUGGGGCGUGUGUUGAAGAGGCGGAUCAGAAGCAGGAAGUCGUCCACUCACGGACAUGUACGUCACAUGUACUCAACCAGACAUCCGUUUCGCUCGACUGUGGCUACUACCUGUGUCUCUUCUGAAUUCAGUGGUUACCAAAGUGGCAGACAACUGGCUGAAGAAGGUGACCUCAUCCAGUUCCCUGGCGAACGUUUCUUUGACAACAGCCCCGCACGAAGAGAUGAUGAUGUCAUAAUGCUCAGAUACUCUGACUGAACUGUCUUGUGUGUCUGAAAAUAGACAAUUUUGUCUAUUUAGGCCACAAAACCACUGAAUUACAGAUCUCUUUUCUUAUUUUGGUUGAUUGUCUAAGCCUCAGCUGCUGGUUGGCAGAAUUGCUUGGUUUUGGAUUUAAUGUAUUCCUGUCUUUGUUGAAAUUUUGCUUUGUUAUAUUACUUAUUUACAUUGUAUAGAUAUACUGCAUAUCAACUGAAGUACAGCACAAAAUUCUUUUGUUACAGUUUUUUUUUUCAACUGCUUACACACAAAAUCAUUACUUGUCCCACGAUUUCUGAAACCUGACACUCACAACACCAGAACCACACACAAAAUCUACAAAGCCAAAACUAAUUCUUGACCUUCGGCGUUUUCAAUUUUCAUAAAAUACUUUUUGCAAACCACAACACAAAAUCUAACAGGAAGUAUCUUGAUCUCCUUUUUCAAACACAACACAUCAAAAUGCCACACUAAUUGCCUCUCACUAACUCCUCACAUGUGCAAACACACAUUGCUUUACUUAACACCAACCAAUCAUGGCUGUUUAGAAUAUGCCUAUAAAUAGGCCAAAGGUCAAGUGAUAGGUUUUUGGCUUGUGUAAAACUAUAUUCACAACCACAAAGUAAUGCUUACAGUAAAACAUAAAUAAAUAAAUAAAAUAACAUUUGGUUUCAAUCUUGCUUUCAUGUCUACCGUGAAUUUUUCAACAUCUCUCUGCCAAUUAUUUCAAUACUGUACAGAAAUGUAGGAAGUUCGGAACCCAUGAAAGAAGUGUGUGUGUACACUGUAAAAAUGAAUAUGCUUUAUUUAAUCAAUAAAAUUGUGG